AUGGCAGAUAAUACUCCAAUCGACAUAAUUCGUUCCCGAAGCUAUGAUGACCCGGAAUUUCAAGAGUCCUGUAGAGAAGGACCCCACCAAAAUAUAGACCAUGAGAAAGAUAUAGGAAUCCCGAGAGAAAAAUCUGCAGAAGAUGUACCCCCGGACGGUGGCUACGGUUGGGUCUGUAUAGCCAGUGUUUUUUGGAUCAACGCUCACACAUGGGGGAUCAAUAGUAGUUACGGCGUGUUUCUUUCUUACUACCUCUCCCAUAAUGUGUUUCCCAAUACCUCCGCACUCGCGUAUGCAUUUACCGGUGGCUUGAGUAUAUCGUGUGCCCUGCUCAUUGCUCCCUUGGCUACUUAUCUCAUCCACCUCCUUGGAACCCGUACGGUCUUGAACUUAGGGGUCUUCUUUGAGACACUGUCUCUCAUUGGAUCUUCGUUUGUCACGCAAAGAUGGCAGAUAUUUCUAAGUCAAGGUGUGUGCUUCGGCUUCGGGAUGGGAUUCCUCUUCGUUGGCAGUGUUGGCAUUACUCCUCAGUGGUUCCAUCGUCGACGGAGCCUUGCCAUGGGCAUUAAUGCUGCUGGAUCUGGCUUGGGGGGGCUGAUCUACUCUCUUGCAGUGGGUACGAUGCUACCUCGGCUCGGAUUGAGCUGGACCUUUCGAAUAUUGGGCAUCAUAGCCUGUGUGGUCAAUCUAGUAUGCGCAAACCUCCUUAGAGAUCGCAACAAAGCUGUCGGAAGCCGAUAUAAGGCCUUUCAUUUCCCUUUACUCAAGCGCCCCGAAGUCCUCCUCUUCCUUGGCUGGGGUAUCUUCACGAUGCUUGGCUAUGUCGCUGUCCUCUUUAGUGUUGCCAACUUUGCGCUCUCCGUCGGCCUCUCGGCCCAUCAGGGCAGUAUCAUCAGUGCCCUCCUUAACCUCGGUCAGGCUCUUGGACGGCCCUUUGUGGGUAUGUUCAGCGAUAAGCUCGGUCGGAUCAACAUCGCAACCUUCCUUACUUUCUUAUGCGGCCUCUUCUGCCUCCUAAUCUGGACCUUUGCCCACAGCAUGGGCCUUGUCUCAUUCUUUGCAGUCCUCGUCGGCACAGUUGCAGGUACUUACUGGGCUACGGUAACCCCCGUACUAGCCGAAAUUAUCGGACUCAGGGACUUGCCCAGCGGCCUGAGUAUUACCUGGCUGCUCCUGGUUGCACCGACGACUGUUGCUGAACCGAUCGCCCUCGUUCUCCGAGAUAAUAACUCCAAAGAUAAAAUCUAUCUCCAUGUCCAGAUCUUCACGGGGCUCAUGUAUGUCGCCGCUUCGCUAUGCUUGUGGUUAGUGCGAGGGUGGAAGGUAGGUGAGGAUGCUAGACUUGAGCUAGAGAAAUCAUCCUUGGCCGUGAACAACAACAACAACAACAACAACAACAAAGAGAUGUUUUCUCUCCAACAAGAAGGGGUUGCUCAGAGUAUCCACAAUGGUAAAAACAGGACUGCACGAGCCUCUACGCCCACCACGCCCUCCCUAUGGAACCCGCCUACCCUGCUGCGCCGGAUGGUGGCCAUGAAACGGGUCUGA